GCGGUUUCGCAGGCAAGAGAUUCGAGUCCCGCGAAAAGUCACGCCUGUUGUCCGGAGUCGCAGUGAAGUGAAGUGGAGCCGGAGCCGGAGUGAAGUCGGAGCGGGCGAUCGCGGACCCCAGCGCCAAUAUCCCCCUUCCUCACCUCUCCCUGGAGCCGAGAUACUGUCUGACCCACUGAGUUCCUCCGACAGAUUCCGGCAUCUGUGGUUUCUUGUGUCUUUGGAGAAACUGGUGAUGGGUCGGAGUGGUGGUGUGCUGGCUGGCUGGUGGGACAGCAUGGUUGCUAAUGCAAUCAAACGGUCAAAGGAUAAAAUAGAUUCUUAACCAGAAAGGCCGACAAUGAAGUCUAACGACUGCAACUCGGAAACUGCUGGUGACAUCAGCAAACUAGAGCCUGUCAUGAAUGGGGAAACUCACCAACUGGAUCAAUGGGAGCAAGCAACAACGUCCAGUUCCCAAACCCCCAGCCCAAAUCCCACUCAAAGUGGAACUGAUAGCACCGCAGAUUCUGACAUGGAGAUUCUAUCGAGUGAAAGCAGUCUAGGGAGGAAGCUUGAUGAUGGGAGGCCAAAGGGUAAAUCGAGAUGCCAAGAAGAAAGCGAAGAGGCAAAGCGGCGAGGAGUAUCAGGUUGGGAGAGCAGUCUCAGACAAAGGCCAGCACCACGUAUAAUUUUCCAGGCAGGAAUUUCCUUUCGCCACAAAAAAAAGAAAGAAGAUAAUAAUAUGAAACUCAAAAAGGACAUGAACAAUUCAUUGUCUCAGAAGACGAGGACAUCUGCUACCAAGGCUUUUAUCGCUGAAAAUUCUGUCAUAGACCUCACUUUGGAGCCUCUGGAUAGCAGUAAGAAACCUCCAGUUCCAGCAGAAAGCUUUGUCUGCGAAAAUAACAUUGUGAAGGGUACAGAUGGAAUCCCUCAGUACCAGGAUGGCAAGGGUUACGGUAUUGGGGAGUUGGUGUGGGGAAAGAUAAAGGGGUUCUCGUGGUGGCCGGCCAUCGUGGUGUCGUGGCGCACACCCGGACGGAGGCAAGCGGCGUCGGGGAUGCGGUGGCUCCAAUGGUUCGGAGACGGCAAGUUCUCAGAGGUUUCUGCCGACAAACUUAUGCCUUUAACUGCAAUUGGCCAAUAUUUCCACACAUCUGCAUUUAACAAGCUGAUUUCUUACAAAAGAGCUGUGUAUCAGGCUUUGGAGAUUGCCAGCAGCAGAUCUGGGAUUCCAUUCCCUUCCAAUGACCGGGGCACUUUGGAGGAACAGAUAAAGCCCAUGCUAGACUGGGCAUUUGCUGGUUUCCAACCGAAAGGCUACGAAGGAAUUAAACCCAAACAAAACACAGAGAACGAUACUGCAGACGGCACUCCAGUCGAGGUCUGCGUCCCCGAGUACUAUCCGCCAACAAAGAAACAGAAGACUAGUCUUUAUAAAAGCAAAGAAGGACCUGAGGAGGAACACCGUGGCAGAGAAAAAAUCUUCUUUCAAGUUACAUCGAAUAAUAAAAGCAUUGAAGAAUUUUGUCUUGCUUGCGGCAGCAUUAGAAUCGGCACUUUUCAUCCACUGUUUGAAGGUGGUCUAUGUUCCAUUUGCAAGGAUAUCUACCUGGAGACUUCCUACAUGUAUGACGAUGAUGGCUACCAGUCCUACUGUACCGUGUGCUGUGGUGGGCGGGAGGUUCUGCUGUGUGGGAAUGCAAACUGCUGCAGAUGCUUUUGUGUGGACUGCAUAGAUAUUUUGGUGGGUCCGGGUGCAUCUGAAGAAGCCAAGGUCCUGGACCCUUGGCGAUGUUACAUGUGCCUGCCGCACGAAAGCUACGGAGUGUUGAGGCGACGAGGAGACUGGACCAUGAAACUUCAAGAGUUUUUUGCCAGCGACAAUGGGCAGGAAUAUGAUCCACCUAAAAUUUACCCAGCCGUACCUGCCGAGAACAGAAAGCCAAUCAAAGUUUUGUCGUUGUUUGAUGGGAUAGCAACGGGAUAUUUAGUUUUAAGGGAUUUAGGAUUUAAGGUUGAGAGGUAUGUUGCUUCUGAAAUAUGUGAAGACUCGAUCGCAGUGGGGACGGUCCGACAUGAAGGAAGAAUCACCUACGUACAUGAUGUCAGGAACAUCAGCCGGCAGAACAUUCAUGAGUGGGGUCCGUUUGAUCUGGUGAUUGGAGGCAGCCCAUGUAACGAUCUUUCUAUUGUAAACCCUGCAAGAAAGGGUUUAUAUGAGGGCACAGGAAGACUUUUCUUUGAAUUUUAUCGACUGCUUCAUGACACCAGACCAAAAGAGUGGGAAGACAGGCCUUUCUUCUGGUUAUUUGAGAAUGUUGUUGCCAUGGGUGUCAAUGAUAAAAGGGACAUCUCACGUUUCUUGGAGUGUAACCCAGUUAUGAUCGAUGCAAUCGACGUGUCUGCUGCCCACCGGGCUCGCUACUUUUGGGGAAACUUACCAGGAAUGAACAGGCCCCUGGUUGCUUCUUCAGCAGAUAAACUGGAACUGCAGCACUGCCUUGAGCAUGGUAGGAUAGCAAAGUUUAGCAAAGUUAGGACCAUAACAACAAGGUCGAACUCCAUCAAGCAGGGCAAGGAUCAACAUUUCCCAGUUAUCAUGAAUGGGAAGGAAGACAUUCUGUGGUGUACAGAACUGGAGAGAAUCUUUGGCUUUCCAGUGCACUACACAGAUGUGUCGAACAUGGGGAGAGGAGCUCGGCAGAAACUUCUUGGAAGGUCUUGGAGUGUGCCUGUCAUUCGCCACCUAUUUGCACCUCUGAAGGAUUAUUUUGCUUGUGAAUAACGCAGCAUAUAAUAGGUCUUUCAGAAACUUACGGUGCUCUCUUAGAAACUAACAAGUAGUGAAACAAAUCCAGACUGGUUUUCAGUAUACUGUGACACAAAAUAUUUGCUUGGCAUUAUUGUGAAGGCUGCAUGCUGUACAUUUACGAUACUGUGGCCAUUAUUCACAGUCACAACUCAGGACAGAGUAGGUAGCUAGCAUGCCUACUAUAGUUGUUUUAGAUUUUGUAAUCUCAUCUUUUAUAUGGGAAGAAACCAGAAUUCCUACUUUUAGUUAUAGUUUUCUUACAAUAGUGUGAGGAUUAUACUUCACAGUUUUCUAGUGUACUUUGUAGCCGGUUUUAUUAUGGGAUUUAAGGGCUUUUUAUCUCUUGAUGGUGCUAUUGUCCACCUUUUAGAUUUUCAACUUAUUUUUUUCUAAAUUUCCAACAUAGUAUUUUAUUGUUACUAUACAUACAGUAUCAGCAGCUGGAUUUUGGUAGACAGAUAAUAAGUCUUGACCUAUUAACAAAAGAUCAACCUAGCAGAGUCUAAAAUCAUUGUUCAAAAUGUUGAAGUUGUUGUUCUGUUUAAACAGUAUUCCAAGUAUAUUUUAACUUUUCAGCAAAGUGUAUUUUCUUCAUGUAACCUGUUGUAUGUGUAGUUGGUGAAUAAUCAUGAUACAUUGUUAAAUUUGUUUAUGUUUUGUAUUUUAGCAAGGGUUGCAGAUGUAUAAAUGAGCAAAAAAAAAAUUAUAAAGAUGGAAAACCAUUUAAGUUCAAACCAAGGCAAUUUUUAUAAACAGCAUUGGGAGGGUGACCUGAUGAAGCUGUACUGUCACCUUCCCUCACAAUCAUGUUCACACUCAAAGAAAUAGUUCCGACAAUUUAUUAGUAAGUGAUAUUCUUGUUGCUGCUUCAUGUUGAAUAUUUUUAAAUGUUCACUGUAAUUAUUAAUAACAUCAUGUCAAGAUAAUACUUAGGGUUUUUAAUUCAAGACUGCAGUACAGUUCUACUCUUAAAAUAUAGAAGUUACAUUUUAUAUUUUGAACUAUAUUUUGUAAGAUUCUCCAUUCUUCUUCUAACAGUGUAUGCUCUCCUAUAGCAGAGUUGAUUGAGUGACUAAGCCAAAGCUGCUGCAGAGUUAAAUGCAACGACAAUUUUAUUUUACGUUGCAGUUUUUUUUCAGCAGCUCAGUUUUACAAACCUUCAGGCCUCUGCUAAAAUGCUCUAACCACCAGGAUGUCAGGUUAAACAAUUCCCAGUAUGAAACAAUACAGCAAUCAAUGUGCAUCUUGUCAGUCAUAAUAAUAUACCACGCCAGUGCAUCAGAAAUCUACAUGGGCAUGCCAAUAUUCUUUAGAAAGAUGUGACAAUAAUUUAUCCAUGACAAAUCAUCUGGGAAUGGAUCACCCAUCAAUCUGGGAAGCAAUGACCAGGAUGGAAACAAUUGGUAGAUUGGUUUCAGGAAAGGAGCCUUAUCCCCUAAUUCAACAGUUUGUUUCAGUCCUAAGUGCUAUUUGCAUCACCUCUAAAGUCCCCACUCCCCAUCCUUGGCCCCAUGGCUUCAAAUUUAAUAUAUUUCCUUUCUAACCAUGGCUCUGUGUUCUAACACGCCACGCUGCUAAAUUCUCUCUAACCUGUUUCAUUUAGAAAGUAAUGCAUGUCAGCAGUAUCAAUCCUUUCAAAAGAGCUGCUUUUCGAAACAAAUACCAACAGAUUUAAUAUGAUGAUAUUUUAAGUUAACUCAAACUAAACGUUGCAUUUAAAAUAGUAAAAGUUAGCAUUAACCAACAAACAAAACCAGAAAUGUAAUGUAAUUUAUUCUAGAUAGUAAUUUACCUCAACUGGAUUGUGCUGCCCACUUUGAUACCCACAACAAUAUUUGGUACAUUAGAAACUUCAGGUUUUUAAUAUAGAAUUUAAACUGAAUUUAGGCUUUGGUGUGAAUUCUUUCUCCUAAUGUAGAACAGGUUAAAACAGUAACUCAAUUAAAAAAUAUAAAAUCUCAUUACAGUCAUGAUCAGAAAGCACAUAUCAAUAUAUUGAAAGAAAUCUACAAAUCCCUGACACAAAUUUGGCCAGAAUUCCUGUUCUUACCUCCUGCUCGAAAUUUUAGUCGACAGCAGAAAGAAUAAAGCUUAGAUUUGAUGCCAACAAUUUCUUUAUGCUCAAGUAACCUGCCAUCAUUCAUGUUGCCCAAUUAGCUGCUUUAGGACCAUACCUAUGAAAGGUAAGGGAAGUGAAAAACUGACAAGGGAAAGAAACUUCCAAAAGUAAAUUACUUUGGAUUCAGGUGCUUUUUUUAACGGUUCACAUACUGGAAUUUUGUUUGUAUCUUUGAACACAAGCACAAGGUGAUAAUCCUUUUUUUUAAUGGCAAAGCAAUUACAUUACUAUUGUGAAUAGUUGUGCACUGGGAUUUCUGCCUUGAAUUAUAUCAUUAGAAAUGUUUCUUCUAUCAUGCACUAAUUUUAUUAGCAUCAAAGGACAGCUUUAACUAAAUGCAAGGCAAUAGGAAACUAACUGAUCUGUGGUUUUGGUGAUUACAGUAAAAUAAAGAAAGAUGCAAAUGCAAUCAUAGCGCAGCUUUAACUGUGUGGUAACAACAGAAUUGGUUAGUUUAUCAGAGCUUAGAUUGCUGUACAUCAUGGUUAGCCACAAAAUCCAUGAAUUAUGGAAAGGAAAGUCAGGCACUGGUCUAGUUCCUGGUUACUAUCCAGCAACUUAUUUGUGGAGUACAUUACAUGUGUACAUUAAGCAAAAUCAGGAUUGACCUCAUCUGUGGCUGCCGGUAUAAAAAUCGUCCCUAACCAUACAGACAAAGCUUUAAACAUCUCAUUCCCAGCCUUGCUAAAGUAAACAUGCAUAGAAUUAUGCUCAUUUAAAAGUAAAGGAUAUUUUCCUUUAAUUGAACAGUAAUCAAUAGUGACGUCAGUCGCUAGGGCAUCCACUUAAAAUUCACUGGAGCUCAAUUUAAAAUGUAUACUUUUUUUAACAUUUCUCAAGAUUAGUCAUAAAAGAUUCAUUUGGAAUAGCAAAGAUUAGCAUUUCAGCCAUUUAACUAAUAUUGUGGCCAAAGAGAUACUUUCAACACCUGAACUUGUGUGUUUAUCCUAUGAGGAUGUGUUAUAUUUUAUUCUGUUGAGUUGAAGAUGUUUAUAACCUGAAAACAAUUCAUUAUAAAUAUGUCCAAAAAGGCACUAAAAGUCUGCGAAGCCCCAAGUGAUGUUUACCAUUUAACAUCAUUUAGUAGGAACUUCAUAACUCCAUCAUCAGACAGGAAGACAACAUUUCUAAUGCUUAAAUUCCUUUUUAUGGAAUUAAUAAAAUGAAUCACGUUAAUAAGUAGAUGGCAUGAAACUUAAUGUACAAUAUUAGAUUGUGAAGAACUGCCAACACUAAAUACUCCCCAACUCUAAAACCAGCUCUGAAUAUCUCUUUGAAGUCCAAUCAUAUUUUCCCAUGAUUUCUAAUAAUGAAUAAAUGUGAGUUUAUUUUUUAUUUGUCUUGAAGUGCUCAACAAUAGCAUUUCUAAAAUUCUUGCUGUCUAUAUCUAACAUCCACAUACAAAGUUGGAGGAUAAUCUAUUUCAAGUAAAUUCGUUGAAAAGAUGUGACUAUUUAAACUAGCCAUGGUAGCUUUCUAAAUCUUGAUAAAAGUCAGGUCUAAGGAUUUAUUUCUUGGCAGUGCCUAAAAUGGUGCCAUUAGUGUGUAUAUUUUAUAGCAUAAAUUACAUGCAAAAUGAACAUCAGUGUAACUAUGUGAAUUUAUCCCUUUGUAUUUUCAAAUCAACACUGUUUACAAUCUAUUACAUUUAUAAUGGGGUGCAGCCUACUGUACGUGGAAUUGUUUCUAUUUCAUCAUUUGUUUAUAAUGAGCCAUCUAGCAAAAAUAUGGUGAUGACCAGCAUUAAAACACUUUGAAAUUUAGAUUACUUUAAAAAGAUUCUCAUUUGAUUUAGAUAUAUAAACAAUUUCCUUUGUCAACCAAUGUGUGUUUGAACAAGUUGUGUUGAUGUUCAUCACUUUCACUUUACUACAUGACACAAAGAAUUUAACUGUUCCUUGUGCGCAAGUUCCGAGGUACAAGUUGUAGCACUGCUUAUCUGUUUACAAUAAAUGAUUAUCCCCAUUGUUA